AUGACAGACGCAGGUCCCGUACUCCUCGAUUCGGCCAUCUGCUAUGCGCGGUCAUCCACAGACAGCGAAGUCACUUCUACUCUUGUCACUCGACGCGCUUGCGUAUGCGCUGCCGAGCUGCCCCGGGAUUGCGAUGGUCCCUUCGCGGAAGCUCUCAGACUCCAUGAGCAAUUCUGCCAUUUUGGUGACCUCGAGGCCGCACAGAGUUGCAUCACGAUAUGUGAAGCGAUUCUCGACGGCCAUGCGGCUGCAGUCCACCCCAUCUCCGGUUCCUCUCAUCUGUCCGCCGAUGUGCCUACCACCUUUCCCGCCUCUCAGCCCGAGCGUCAUCACGUGCUCAUCCAACUGGCGCACACUCUCGAAAAGCGCAUGCUUUACACCUUUGACGUCUCCGACCUCCAGCGCGCCAUGGAGUAUGGUCAAGCCGCCCUCGAUGUCUGCAGCGCGGAAGGGCUAGCUUGUCCCACUGUAUUCUCCCAAUACGCCAGCAUCCUUGACAGCAACGCGGAUGAUAUCGUCCACCGCGAAGACAGACGCCUAGGAGAAUCUCUAUGCCGAGCGGCCAUCCUCUUGUGCCCUCCGGGUCACCCUCUACGGGCCGCGGCAUGUCGCAACCUGGGAUGGAUCCUGUUUCGAAACUUCGAGACGACCGGGUCCGGCGCGUGCCUCGAGGAGGCCAUCACCGUUCAACGCCAGGUUCUCACAGAGACGCUCACAUCCACAACGCUCGAUAGACAUCUCCACCUGCGCUGCUUGGGCCGGUACCUGCUCAUUCGUCAGGAAUCCUUCGGUGAUCCUCUUGACCUCGACAAGUCCCUCGCGUAUCUCGAAGAGGCUCUGAAACUGUGCCCGCCAACGCAUAUCGACACGUGGAAGAUCAUAGGCGACAUGGUCUGGGUGCUCCAGCGCAGAUUCUUCCACUCUGGCGCCAUAGAGGACCUCAAUCGUGCGGCUGACCUGGGACGGCGCGCCUUGGAUGGAGACUGCCCGAACGGUCAACGUCUUCUUCCGAAUAUAAACGGGAUGGCCCUCCUUCUGAAUCUUCUCCAUCAAGUGAAGCUAUCCGAUGGUAAAGAUAUCGACGAGUCGAUCGAGCUCAUGCAGGAAGCUCUGCAGCGCUCGGACCCGGGUUCUGCAGACCAUUGGAUAUUUCUGAUGAACAUGGGCGAUAACCUGCGCCUGCGAUUCAGAUGGAAAGGCGACCUGGACGACCUCGAAGAAGCGGUCCACUUCGGUCGCCUUUGCGCGGACGCUGUGCCCGAAGGUCACUGCAGGCAGUUCCACCCUUCGAUGAAUCUAGCAGAUAUGUUGAUGCUGCGAUUUUCCGAAACGCGGAACAUUUGCGAUCUCGACGAAGCGCUGGCCUGGGACAGGCGGGCCAUGUCGAUCAUCCCUUCGACCCAUUCCGAAAUGACCGUGGUGGUUCUUAGACUGGUUGCCCAUCUUUGCACGCGAUACGAGACUCUCCACGAGGUGGAGGACAUCGAUGAAGCCAUAUCAUUGGCACAAGAAUCGCUGGCCACGCUGCCAGAAGGACACGUCAACAAGCCCCCGAUCGUAUAUCGUCUCGCUCAGGCAUAUCUUCUGCGUGGCCAGGAUGAUCAAAGCCGCAGCGCCCCAGAUAUCAACCAAGCCAUCCAAACCUUGGAACCGAACCUGGAAGCAACGUUACAGGGGAUUUACGGUUCGGAAUGUCUUCGAAUCCUCGCGACCAGCUAUCUGGUGCGCUUCAGGCGACUGCUGGACGUGAACGAUGCAGCUCGCGCAAUGCAGCUCACAUCGAGAUCUUUGGACCUUGCGCAGCCCGGUCGCCGAGAUAGGUACUGGUGCCUCGUUCACGCCGCAGAACUGUACCUCGAACACGGCACGCAAUACCGUAACCCUUCCCUUGCGCUCGCGUACAUCAAAGACGCUCUAGCAGACGAUCAUAGAGACGUCCGCUCUCGGUUACAAGGCGCUAUGCGAGUUCUCGAUGACAUUCAUUCUCACCACGGGGAUGUGAUCAACAUCGCGUCGCCAGCGCAGAUGCAACUUUUAGAUAUCUAUGCCUACAUGGUCGGCCUCCUUCCCCGCGUCGCGUUCUUUGGUCUGCAUCUGCAGACUCGGUUGCAGUCCCUCAAGGCGGGCCAGAGCGUCGCUCUCGAAGGCGCCUCGCAUGCGCUCAACCUCUCCCUCCCGGAGAAGGCCCUGGAGAUCCUGGAACAAGGCCGCGCCCUCUUCUGGACACAUUCUUUACGCCUCCGCUCCCCUUUUGACGCCGUUCCGGUUGAUCUUCGGGACAGGCUAGUCCCCCUCGCGCGACAGCUAGAACAAGUAAGCGACGCUCCGCAAACCGACGAAGAGGUUCCCGCUGUGGAGGAAGAAGAGAGCAGGAGAAGAAAGCAGAGCGAUGAGUUCAACUCGCUGCUGGACCAGGUCCGCCAGUUACCGGGACAAGAGCGAUUCCUCCUCCCAGACGACUAUGCGACGCUCGCCAAAGUCGCCGAGCGAGGACCGGUCGUAGUUCUGGUGUCGAGCAAGUUAGGUUGCCAUGCCGUUGUCCUCAGACGCUCGGUUCCCGUCAUAAGCCUUCCGCUUGGACAAGUCAGCGAGGCGUGGCUUACCGAAUCUGCCGGCGCCUGGAACCUGGCCGUGUCAGAAGCAAGGUCCGUGCUAGGCGAACGCCUGAAGGUAGCGAAAACAGCCAACCGCCAGAGGGCACGACGCUCUAGGGCAGAGGAGAUCCUGCGCAUGUUAUGGACGAACGUCGUACAUCCAAUCAUCGAUGUCCUCCAGAUACAGGCAUCUUCGGGCAGGAACCGUCCGCGCAUGUGGUGGUGUCCGACGGGCCCCUUCGUGCAUCUCCCGCUCCAUGCCGCAGGUGUCGACGGGACCUGGUGUUCGGACUACGUCGUGUCGUCGUAUACGCCCACCCUCGGCGCUCUCCUAAGCGCAAGAGCGACGUACAAGCCUACGAAGAAGCACGAAACGAGGGCGUUGGUCGCUGCAGUCCCUCACUCGGAUAUGCCGGACUGGAAAGACCUUCUGUCGACCCGCGAGGAGGUAGCCGCCGUUCGCGCGAUAUUACCAGACGGAGCAGACAUAUCUGAGCUGCCUGGCGACGGCGCGAUGGUCCCCGGGAACGAGUGUGGCAUCAAGGCGCAAUCGCUUCUGGAGAAACUGCCGCAGGCGACGAUCUUACAUCUCGCAUGUCACGGUCACCAGGACCCGGAGAAUCCGCUCAAGAGCGGCUUCGUGAUGCAGGACGAGAUGCUCACGAUCGAAAGGUUGAUGCCGGUCGCGCUGCCGAACGCGUUCGUGGCGUUCCUGAGCGCCUGCGAGACAGCGAAGGGGGACAAGGACCAGCCCGACCAGGCCGUGCACCUCGCCGCCGCCAUGCUCUUCGCCGGAUUCAAGAGCAUAAUCGCCACGCUUUGGUCGAUGGAAGACGUCGACGGGCCAGCUAUCGCCAGUUCGGUCUAUAGGGUCCUGCUAGGGGGUGACGCGGAGGAGAUCGAUCCAGACGACAUCCCGUAUGCCUUGGAUGACGCGGUACGGGAACUCCGCCGAGAUCACCCGAAUCCGAGUAGAUGGGCCCCCUACAUCCACUUGGGCAUCUAA